AACAAAAUUGCGUCCUCUCGUUCGGCCAAGGCUCGAGUGUUUUAAUUUUAGCAAACCAUGUAAAGCGUCGUACAGAAUUGUAAGCAAUCGUAGAUUCGAGCGUGAACGAGUUCUUUUAGUGAAAAUAAUUAUUGUUGAUUUCUGUAUACUUCGGCUAAUCACCGUCGGUUUGCGUCUGCCCAAGCGGCGUGUGUUUUUUCCAAAAAUCCCGACACGGUGAUCAUCGUCUCCAGAAGAUGAGCACGACGAACAAUACUCAGCAGCAGCCGCUGUUUGCGUGCUCCAGAUGUUUUUCCAGGCAUCCUUUCGAAGAACUUUCGUCCGGCCAGCAGCUGUGCAAGGAAUGCAGAGGAACAUUUCCUGUGGUCAAAUGUACAUACUGUAGAUCAGAAUUUCAGCAAGCAACGAAAGGAAAUACGAGCACCAUUUGCAAAAAGUGUGAACAGAAUGUAAAGGCUUAUGGAAAACCCUCAGCUUGCGAAUAUUGUAAUACAAUUGCAGCUUUCAUUGGAAGUAAGUGUCAGAGAUGUACAAAUUCAGAGAAACGCUAUGGCCCACCAGUUACGUGUGAGCAGUGCAAACAAAAAUGUGCCUUUGACAGACAUGACGAGGACAAAAAAGUUGAUGGUAAAUUGUUGUGCUGGUUAUGUACGUUAUCAUACAAACGUGCUUUGGCAAGAACAAAACAGACUGAAUCGGAUAGAAAAGCUCACUUGAAAUUAAUGCAGGCCAGAGCUGCAAAAAAUAAAGAGCAAAAACCAAAGGGCCACAAUAAGAGGCCGCAUAGAGUAGAUGUUACUAAACUUCCACCUCAGUCAGAUUCCGGUGACAGUAAUGGUCCAAUGCCAGCCAAAGCUGCAAGAAUGGCUGGAGUGCAUGAUCCUCAUGAUCCUAAUAUUUCUGAUCAUGUAGUUGCUGUUACUUCAUUAAAAGAAAAAAUUUCCAACCUGCAAAAGCAAAUUUCAAUGAAAGAUGGUCAGCUACUGGCUAAGGAAAAGCAGAUUACUGAAUUGAAGGCGCAAAACUUCACUUCGGAAACAGAAUUGAGGAAUAAAAUGAAGACAAUGGAGAGGGAAUAUGAAAAUAAAAUAUCAAAUCAGCAAUCAAAAAUCAGUAAUCUACUUAAAGAAGUAGCAACUUUGUCAAAAAGUACAAAGCGUGACAGGUUGUCAGCUGCAAAAAGUGAAGCAGGGACCAACAGUGGAAGUGGUACAGACAGUCCUGUACCUUGAUGAGGAUGUCUACUAGCUGCAUCAACAUUACAUACUCAAUGUCUACGUCUACAUGAAGUAUGUUGUCAUUACAUAGCAAAUUUUUCCUAUUGGGAAAUGAAAAGAAUUAUAUUAUUUUUCUAAUUGUAUACAUGAAUUAUCCACUCUGCUAUAUCUGACAGAUAGGUGAUUACUGUCCUUAAAAUGGACAGUAAACAAGCUGUACUAAUGCAAUUGCUAAGAUGUUAGCGUUUUGUUUUUAUUUUUCUUUUUUCUACGUGUACAUGUUACUUUGCCAUGAGAAGAACGUGUAGUAUAUAUAAACCAAGGUCUUUUUGUAUUUCGUGUGAAAUAUAAGUAACAAUGAUUCCAUUAAAGAAAAAACAAGUCUUUCCAUAAGAAAAAUAUAUAAAUUUAUGAAACGACCAGCGCUCCUAAUGAAACAGGAAUUUAAUUGAUAAUUUAGGACACGACGUAGUGAUAAUUGAUUAAUGAUGUGUUGUAAUGAAUAAGGAGCAGCUGCUACGAUAUUUUAUUAUUUACAAUGAUUAUAAACGUCAAUACACUAUGAAGAUGGUGAUUGUAGAGAAAUUUACAAUAAAAGUUUAAAAAGUAACGGCAAAGUGUAAAUAUCAAAACCACAACGCUUAACCAAUAGUAAGCUGCGACAGAUCUUUCAAAACGAUUGCUUAUUGUUCCAUGCGUAUAUGUGGGAAAUGGGGUUGAAAGUGAAAAAAACAAUCGUCGAUAUAAAUAUCCAACAGCCAUAUAUUUAUUCUGUAUUUUUAAGAAACAAAUGCUAAUUGAGCAUUACCUAUAUCAUAAUUAUAAUGAUAAUAAAUGCGUAACAAUUUAUUAUUUACGAAGUAUAAGGAUAAUUAACAUUUAAUUUAUAGUCGUUUAAAUACGAAACGUGCUCGUGCACACGAUGUCAAAGUACAGCGGUAGUUGUUGUUUGAAAAAUCUGCUAUGCCUUUUGAAUUGGAUCUCUUUUUUUAUUGUUUCGUUAAUCAUCGAUUCGAGAGAUAAUAAAAAUUAAAUAUUGCUUGUCCGUUACGGCCGAGGCGAUCGAGUCACAUGUGUGUUAGCGUUCAGUUAUACCUCUCUUUCGAUCGAUGACUACUUUCAGCUUAUAAUAUUUACAAUGACGAAAAUCGCCCGUGUCGCUCGCUAUUUCAUUCUGUUGCUCUCAAACUUGAGUGCGCUACAACUUUCAUCCGCCACCAACGAGCCGACAAAUAAAGGGACUUCGCUCGAAACGCGACGAACGCCGUUGGGAGGCCUGCGUAGUACAGUCUUGUCGAUAAAAACGCAAAAGAGCCGUUGUGAAACGUACUCGCGCAAGUGGAGAGCCUAGUAUCGCGUCGCGGAAGCGCAGUCUUGUCCGGAACAGCAAAGGAACCGAGGCUCGUUGAUCGUGCAAUCAGUCGAAUUCGAGUUUGAGCGGCGCUUCCCAACGACGAUUCAUCGCCUCGCUGGACAAAGUUAUAAAGCACCUAGUACCGUUGGAUCAUUUCUUAGCUUUUGAUUGAGUCGUUUCUAAGUGGAAUGUGUCUGCGCUGACAAAAAAGAAAAGUUAAACAUUGAGUCCUUAUCCCCCGUGAUAGAAAGAAACAUGAAGAAAAAAAAUAACGGAAAUAGAAAAAAAAAAAGAGUCCUUAAAUCGUUAUAUUCCUUGCGUUUACAUUGUAGUUUAGGGUAUAAGAUUGCUUGGCCUUCCAUGGAUCGCAGAAUGUCCGCUGUGAGAUUCUUUUUAUAUAUUUUCUUUACUCUUUCUCUUUCGUUCGCUCGCUCGCUCAUUCAGCCCUGACGCACACGAUAUCGUCGCAAACGUUCUCUCCCGCACAGUCGCUCGAUUUACAAACUACGUAUAGUCUUUUCGAAAAAUUUGUCGUGUAUGUAUAGCAAUUGCCUGCCUUACGAGUAUAUAUUUUGUUUGUUCUUGAUCAUGCGAAAAAAUUAUAAAAAGUAGAAGGAGCUCGGUGCAUUCUGCAUCUGUUUGUUUAGUCGGUCAGCAUCAUUCUCUUUUUCUUGCUCCCUUUCUCUUACCGUAAGCUUAUUAGGGUAAAAAGUGUAAAAUCGAUGUAUAGAAGUUGCCUCAUAAUUUGAUUGUAACACUAUUAUUGCGAGUAAUACACGGCGCUGCUGCGAUUCAUUUAAUCGUUCUUGCGUACGACAAAGAAAAGGAGAUAUACACCACCUGUCGAUUCGAAAACGAGAAGGUCGGGGAGACGAUGAUGACGACGCCCGUCUCCGCUCGAUCGAACAAAGUGUGAAUAGAAAAAAAAACUAAGUGUUACAAGCUAAUUACUCUCGAACUCUGCUUUCGAUAUAAUAAUCAACAUAUAUCCUCUGAGUAUUCAACGUACCGCGAGAAAAACAACCGGGAAUAAAGUAUUUCUUCGAAAAACCUGGCAAAAGCAAUAUCGAGUUGUUGCUGCCUCUUAUACAAAAAUA